CGGUAAAAGCCCGGCUCGGGCUCGGCUCGUUAGUGAAACGAGCCCGAGCCCGAGCCCAACAUGAGGCUCGUUUACACUCGAGCCCGGGCUCGAGCCCGAGCAGCUCACGAGCCCAAACGAGCUCUAGUGAGUAGUGAGAGUGUGGCUGUGUGAGACUCUCAGGCCCAGCCGGCGGGCCCACGCCCAGGCCCAGUCCCACGCUCGGCUCAAAGCCUCAACCCUCAAACGCCCAAACGAAACCAAAGGAAAGAGGCAAACAGCCCGAUGCCCUAGUCUCCCACUGGCCACUCCCACUCUCCGUCUCUCCCAGCCCUUCCUCGACGGCGGCGCUCUCCCCCGAAUCCCGAUCCCCUUCCCCGAUGGCGGCGCUCUCCCCCGAAUCCCGCCCGGCUCCACCUAGCUCUGCUCUUCGGUGGUUCGAAUCGAAGAUUCGAAGGCUUGAAGGCUGAAACCCCUCUGCCUCCUCCUUUCACCACCGUCCACUGUCGUCUCAGUCCCCGACUCCACAGACAGCACCACCCUCCGAAACCCCCCCUCCAAUUUCCAAACCCCCCACACCCUUCAAACCCCCUUCACCCCUGCCUCCCUCCAAAGUCCAAACCCCUCUCGCGCUCCAAACCCCUCUAAAGUCCAAACCCCUCUCGCCCUCCAAACCUCUGUUGCUGCCUGCUGGUGACCUCCCAGACCUUCCCCGACCCGGUGACUUCCGACCCCGACUUGCUGCGGCGCUGCCCCCCGACCCCGACUUGCUGUUGCUGGUGAGUUCCCUCUUCUUUCCUCACCGUCCAUCAUCAUUCAUCUCUUUGCUCCUCACUCCUCAGCUCGGUAGGCGGCAGCUCCUCUAACCGGAUGCACUUAGAGAGAAGAAAGAGAAAAAUCAUUUGAUUUAGUUCUCUUUCUUUUAUUUAUUGUUUCUGUUUAUCUGUUAUUAUUGUUAUUAUUAUUUUUUUAUGAAAAUGUGUUUGGGACUUGAGAGGAGGGCUGAAUGUUAUGCUUUCAAGUAUUUAAAUGAAUUGGCAUCUAAAUUUGAUUGGUUUUGUUUUGGCCUUAAAUAGGCUUUGUAUGGCAUGCUUAUGUACUAAAUAUGUAAUUUGACUGGUUGUUUAUAUUUUUCUAGAAAUGUCAAAUAGCCAACAUGAAAUCGAUCAACAUGCCUCUACAGCUUAUAGUGCAAACGAACUUGCUGAAUUGGAAAAUAUUUUUGAUAAAGAUGAUGCAAUGGAUGAAAUGAAAGAAAUGGGUAUAGAACAAUCUUGGGAUGACCCAAACAGGAGGAAGAGAUCUGAGGUGUGGACUGAAUUUGAAAUCGUAACAGUAGAUGGUAACACAAAGGCAAAAUGCAAUUAUUGUAGUGCUAAAUUGGCAUGGAAGAAGGGGGGUGCCACAACUCAUCUCAAAAGACAUUUAAAUGCUUGCAUGCCUCGAAAACUUUCUAAGUCUAGCGGAGACAAAGAGUUAAAACAAAGCUUAUUGUCGUUUGAUGUUACUCAAGGUCAUGCAAUGCUAGCAACUUACAAGUAUGAUAAAGACAAGAUAAGAGAGAUUCUUGCAAAGAUGUUUAUAGUGCAUGAGUAUCCUUUUAGGAUGGUGGAACAUCAGUUCUUUGUUUUAUUCUGUAAAGCUCUUAACCCAAAAUUUGAGCUAAUAAAGCGGGUUACUUUAAGGAGUGACUGCAUGAAAAUGUUUGCAAUUGAGAAGCAAAAGUUGAGGUCAAUGUUAAGAAAUGUUGAUAAAAUUAGCUUAACGACUGAUCUAUGGACCUCAAAUCAAACAAUAGGGUACAUUUGCCUCACUGGACAUUUCUUAGAUUCUGAAUGGAAGUUGCAAAAGAGAAUUUUAAACUUUUGUAGCUUGGCACCUCCCCACACGGGAAUUGCUAUUGCUGAUUGUAUUCUUCGGUGUCUAACUGAAUGGGGGAUUGAAGAUAAGGUUUCUACUAUUACGUUAGACAAUGCAUCUUCGAAUGACACAGCGGUCAAAGUCUUGAGGGAUAAUUUUGCAAUCAAAGGAAAGCUUUACUUCAAUGGAAAAAUAUUUCAUAUUCGCUGUUGUGCACAUGUUUUGAACCUAAUGGUACAAGAUGGUUUAGCAGAAAUACGGGAUGUAAUUGAGAAUAUCCGCGAAAGUGUGAAAUAUCUGAAGAUGUCUCCUUCACGACUUCAUAAGUUUACUGAAAUUGUCAAACAGUUGAAGUUGUCAACCUCUAAAAUUCUUCAACUUGAUGUGCCUACUCGAUGGAACUCAACAUAUGAAAUGCUAGAGUCAGCAUUGGAGUUCAAAACGGUGUUUCCAAUGUACAAGGAAAGAGACUCCAACUAUAAAUGGUUACCAUCCGAGGAGGACUGGAUACGAGCUACAGAGGUUUCAAAAUUUUUGGAAGUUUUUAAUGAAGUCACAGAAGUAUUCUCAGGACGUCAAUAUCCAACUUCAAAUUUGUUCCUUAAUAAAAUUUGGAGAGUGAAGGAGAAAUUAAAUGAUAUGUCCUUCGAUACUAGAGAUUUUGUGAUGCGCAUGACUCGAAGAAUGAAUGAAAAAUUUGACAAGUAUUGGGGAGACUGUAACUUACUAAUGGCAAUUGGAGCAAUUUUGGAUCCUCGCUAUAAAAUGCAGCUCAUUAUAUUUUGUUUUCCAAAAAUUUAUGGUGAGGAUGUUUUUCAACGCCAUAUUGAUGAUGUUCAUGAAGCUUUAGAUAUGCUUUACAAGGAAUAUGUAUCUUCAGAUGGACAAAUAGAUGUUGAUGCUAGCAAUAUCCCUAGUACCUCCUCCAAAUUGAAAAGAAAAAGAAGGGCUAAUCAUGCCUUUCAUAUGUGGGCUGAACAACAUAGGAAUGUUAUUCCUUCAAAUAAAACUGAGUUGGGCAUAUAUCUAGAAGAAGAUAUUUGUAAGCCUGGUGAUGAAGACUAUGACAAGUUUGAUGCUUUGAAUUGGUGGAAAGCCAACACUCUAAAAUUUCGUACUCUAUCAAAGAUGGCUCGGGACAUACUAUCCAUUCCUAUUACUACUGUUGCUUCAGAGGCUGCAUUUAGUGCUGGAGGUAGAGUGCUUGAUCAAUAUCGUAGCUCUUUGAAGCCUGAGACUGUAGAAGCUUUGAUUUGUACUGGAGAUUGGUUGCGUCAUGAGCUUGGAUUGGAGCAGUCAUCAAAUGUUGAUGAAGAGUUUAUGCAAUGGAAUACAGAGACUGGUCUAAGCUAGACUACUUGAGAAUUUGAGAUUUAUUAUGUUUAUUGUGCUUCUUGAACUCUUUUGUAGAACUUGAUUUGUAUUGGAUGUUUUUUAGUUUUGCGGGGUUUCACUUCGACAUUUGGACCAUUUAAAUUCUCUUUGAUUGUCAUUGCCUUUGUGCUUGGAUGUGGUUAAAUUCUCUUCUCUUUGAUUGUCAUUGCCUUUGUGCCAUCGAAUUCUCCAGAGCAAAGAUUCUGUGAAGCUGUGAGUGGUUUCAAUUUGAAGCAGAUUCAUGCCCUUGAUCUCAAAAAUACAAAUAUUUUUGCCAGCCAACUAAAGUGCAGUCUGAACCCCCAUUAUGUUUAGGUUGGUGGUGAAUGAGAAGAUUGUCAUACUUAGACUAACCAUCCUCCGCAUGUAACAACCCUAUAUAUGGAUGUAGGACAUCAAGGGAUCUUGCAUGGAUGCAAGCUGUUUGUGGAGCAUAAUUGUUUGUAUGAAGCUACUUUUAAGGAUCUGAUGUAGCUCAUAGUCAUGCAUCACAGGCUUGUCUAAUAAUCCUCCACUGAAGGAUUUUAGGAUAUACAUAAUGCAGAUGAGAAUAUGAGAGACAGGAGAUUGUCUUACAGAGUAAGACAUGCUUUUAUGGUUACCAUUAUUGAUUAUAAGCGAGUGAAAAUUCAACAUUCUUAACAAUUAUCA